CAAGCCCUAAAAAAUGGUCCCAAAGACAUCGUCCCAAUUUCCGAUCGAUUUAUACCCUACUCCAUCCGCUCACCAUCUUCUUGCAAACCCUAAUAAACGCGUUUGUUUCCACCAUAAAUAUGGGCGAGAAAUAUUUAUUUUCGAGACCGUUUCCGACCGUUAAAAUGACCGUUGUACCCAUCUCCCCUGUCGCCGCGCCGUCCGCUUUUUGUUCGCACGUUCCUAUCUUGCUCUCUUCAUUAUUUUAUCCGCCGUCUCUGUUACUUCUCUUUAUAUAUUUUUUCAAGAACUGGAAGAACCACUGCCUUUCGGGCCCUCCGCUUCGAUUGACAAGGAACUUUUCUAAGGCUUUCUGCUUAUGGUUUUCUAUUUAUGGAUAGAUUUUUCGAAUUUUAGCGGGAUGUGAUUUCCUUUUGUUCGUCUACCCUAGGUUCGGCGGUAUACUGAAAUUUUCCCCGUUGCCGGCCGAAUGAUUUUGAUUCUGUGACAGAAGUUAGAUUUUGCUAAUCUGACUGCAGAAUUCAUUUUGAGAUAUCUGCGGAUGCGUCUCUGGAAGAAGGAAUCCGAUGCAGUUGGUGGACUGGAGGGAUUUUCAGAGAGAUUUGAGAGUUGAAGCCGAUGGGGAAUACAUGUGUUGGUCCAAGCUUUUAUAAGAAUGGACUCUUUCAAUCUGUUUCUGCAGGCUUCUGGCGUGCGCAAGGUCAAAAUGAUUUGCUUCCCCAGGGAAAAGAUGGGCUUGCAAGCAAAGAGAGCUCACCGGCACAGAUGGAUUCUGUUUCGGAAGCCCCAUCAACCCCUCAAAAUGAACCUCCGGAGCUCCAUAAGAUCCCAGAAACUGAGCCCAAUCCUCAUAAAUCUGUAGAAGAAAAGGUGAAACCAUCAUCCGAUCAGCCCCCACAGAAGCAAAAAGGGAAACACCGUCAUGUUAGGAGAGUCUCCAGUGCAGGACUGCAAGCUGGAUCUGUGUUGAGGUAUAAAACAGAGAAUUUGAAGGACAUUUAUAGCUUAGGACGCAAACUCGGUCAAGGCCAGUUUGGAACUACACACCUUUGUGUGGAGAGGGCUACUAAUAAAAAAUAUGCAUGCAAAUCCAUUUUAAAGAGGAAGUUGACUGCUGAAGAGGACGUGGAGGAUGUGAGAAGAGAAGUUCAGAUAAUGCAUCAUCUGUCAGGCCAGCCGAAUGUUAUUUCUAUUAAGGGGGCAUAUGAAGAUGCUGUGGCUGUUCAUGUAGUUAUGGAAUUGUGUGCUGGUGGUGAAUUGUUUGAUAGAAUAAUUCAGAAGGGCCAUUUUACGGAGAGAAAGGCAGCAGAACUUACAAGAGUGAUUGUUGGUGUUGUGGAAGCCUGCCACUCUUUGGGAGUUAUGCAUCGUGAUCUGAAGCCAGAGAAUUUUCUUUUUGUUAACAAUUCUGAGGAGGCACCUCUUAAGACAAUUGACUUUGGUUUAUCGAUAUUCUUUCGACCUGGGGAAAUGUUUGCUGAUGUUGUUGGCAGUCCAUACUAUGUUGCACCAGAAGUCUUGAGAAAAAAUUAUGGUCCAGAGGCAGAUGUUUGGAGUGCUGGGGUGAUUAUUUAUAUUCUUCUUAGUGGCGUUCCUCCUUUUUGGGCAGAAAAUGAGGAUGGCAUCUUUGAAGAGGUUCUGCAUGGUGCGCUUGAUUUUGAGUCGGAUCCAUGGCCUAGCAUCUCAGAUAGUGCCCAAGAUCUUGUGAAGAGAAUGCUUGUAAGAGAUCCUAAAAUGAGGUUGAAAGCUCAUGAAGUUCUAUGCCACCCAUGGGUGCAAGUUAAUGGCGUGGCUCCUGACAAGCCUCUUGAUUCUGCAGUUUUAUCUCGCUUGAAGCAGUUCUCUGCAAUGAACAAGCUCAAAAAGAUGGCUCUUAGAAUAAUAGCUGAGAGUCUCUCUGAGGAUGAAAUUGCUGGCCUGAAAGAAAUGUUCAAGAUGAUAGAUACUGACAACAGUGGUCAGAUAACCUUUGAAGAACUUAAAGCUGGACUGGAAAGAGUAGGUGCAAAUAUGGAGGAGUCAGAAAUCUAUGCUCUCAUGCAAGCCGCUGAUGUUGAUAAUAGUGGUACUAUUGAUUACGGCGAGUUCAUAGCUGCAACUUUACAUCUAAAUAAAAUCGAGAGGGAAGACCAUCUAUUUGCGGCCUUCUCCUAUUUUGACAAGGACAGCAGUGGUUACAUAACUAGAGAUGAGCUGCAACAGGCCUGUGAAGAGUUUGGCAUUGAGGAUAUCAGAUUGGAGGACAUCAUCCAGGAAGUAGAUCAAGACAACGAUGGUCGCAUUGAUUAUAAUGAAUUUGUUGCAAUGAUGCAGAUGGGUAAUACUGGUUUUGGCAAAAAAGGCUUGAAGAAUAAUAGGAGUUUUGGGCUUAGGGAGGCCCUGAGGCUUUGAUUAGGUGAGAUAUUUAGAUUCUUUUUUUCUGUUUUAGAUUUUCCUUUUCUUUUGUUUUUUAGGAUAGGUUUGAGACUGCAUGAGAUUGUAAAGAUUGGAUAUUGCACAAUAUAGAAAUAUAUAAGCCAGCACACCAUAUGCACCCUAAUGGAAAGGGCCUUUUGUGUGAAAUUCUGCAAUCGUUAUUAUGCUGUAAUAAAAUUGUUUCAGAUCCCUUUCUGUCAGAAUAAGAAAAUCAAAUUAGUUGUAAUAGAUUGAUGCUUUAAAGAAGAGGGAGUUUGA